AUGGCUAUGGUUGAAGAGAUCGUAUUGAAGCAUGCCUACUUUGACAACGUAAGCCACCUGUCUUCAGCGGAUCUGAUGGCCACGGAAGAUAUAUUCCGGAACCAUCAACAAUUCACGAAGCAGUCUCAGCGAUUACCCGUACUGAUGGGUAUGGGAGCUGUAAACAUGGUCAAGGCUCUUCGAAAACGCGUCAACGAGGAACGGGAGCGACCGGACGCUGUUGGAGUUACCAUCCCUAUUAUCCCAUCGGAUGUUGAUAGAGAAUUAGCGAUAAAAAUAGCCACCUCUACCACUUCCAGAUCGUCUGAAUCGGAGGCUGAUUCUGUUGCGGAUCGUGAUUCCCGGAAAUCCAGUCGGUUCAAUGACAAGCAUCCUGAACAACCGGAACAACCAUCAUCGUCCACCAACCCGGAACCUCAAUCAACACCCGAGGAAUACGAACUUCCAGGUAAAAAGAUCGAAUCCAAACUCACGGUCUGGUAUCCCGAAGACGGCAUUGGAGAACCUACGGUAUCCAUCUCUCGCGUCAUUCCACGAAGUGAAAUGAAGCAAGAUGAUGAGUUCAGUUGCAGCAGUUGCUCUGACGCAUCCAUUACUGAUGAGCAGAAGGAUCUGAUGUCCGACGAAGUCAAAAAAUUCUUUGCAGACGCCAAGAAAGCACGACAUGAAGCCAAGAUGGCAAAACGAUCUAAAAUGUUCUCUUCCGA